GCGAUUCGGACGAACGGGUCAUCAUGAAAACCCUGGGACUUCUAAGGAAUCUCCUUAGCAAUACGUUGCACAUUGAGAUUAUAAUGUCGGAACAUUCGUCGGAAGUGCUGCGAGCGGUGAAUUUGGUUCUGGAUGGUCCCCAUCCGGCGGAAGUGAAGGAACAGGCUUUAAUUAUUAUAAGCAACAUUACGGCUGGUGCGCGUGAUAAGGACUACGUAAUGGAAGAUGAGAACAUCAUCAAAAAGAUAAGAGAGUUUUUGGUCGUAUCCGACAACAAGCUCCAAAUGGGUGCCGUAUUUGUGGUGAGAAACCUGAUGGAGAAAGGCGGCCGACAGAAGAUGCUACGUGAGUCGGGCAUCCUUGAGAACCUAGAGCAGUUACUACACAUGACACCCCGAGAAUCGCAGUUCUACGAAGACAUACGGCAGGAGAUUCUAAGGUUCGACUUCUCGGACGACCAAUGAAAGAUCACAGCCCUGGCGAUCGCAAAUGGGGGCACAGAUGGGCCCUAUACCUGCCAACCUGGUGGAGUCUGUUUGGGAGCAGUGAUUAUUUCGGUGGGAAUUAUUCCUAUGCUCCCCCCUUCCCUAUAAAGUGUUUUAUGAUUGUUGACCAACAGUUACGAAUUGUUUUGUUUAUGCUUGUGUGUGUGUGUGUGUAUGUGCGUGUUUGUUGUGUGUAGGUGCGCUGGUGAGUGUGUGACAAGUGCGAAAGGUGAUAUCGUAUAAUUUUGACCAUUUUGUUGCUGCACUACACCGCGUACGUUUACAUUUUUAUAAAUCUGUAUGACAAUUGUUUAGUUUUCCUAAUUUUGCUUGCUAAUUCUACCUCUUUUACAAACUCGUGGUAAUUAUAUAAGAAGAGAAGUAGUAGACGUGGUUGACUUCAUUCGACCAUUGAGUGCGUUCUGAGUGAACAUAAUUUACAGUAACAAGGAAGGAACAAUAGUGAGUUUGGAUUCCUAUAAGUGGCUCAAUAAACCAUGCAUCUAAA